UGAUGAUCGGUGUGGCCCCAGAAGUGCCACCUGUCAGUGUCCAUCAGUGCCAGCUGCCAGUGCUGAACAGUGCAACGUGCCAGUGCACAUCAAUGCCACAUAUCAGUGCCCAUCUGAGCUGCCUUUCAGUGUUACCCAUCAGUGCCAGUCAGUGCCACCUAUCAAUGCCAAUCAGUGCCACCUAUCAGUGCUGCCAAUCAGUGCCACUUAUCAGUGCCAGUCAGUGCUGCCUAUCAGUGCCAGUCAGUGCCGUCUAUCAGUGUGCAUCAGUGCCGCCUAUCAGUGCCAGUCAGUGCUGCCUAUCAGUGACAUGCCAUAUAUCAGUGCUGCCUUUCAGUGCCCAUCAGUGAUGCCUGUCAAUGCCCAUCAGUGCCACCUACCAGUGCCUCCUCAUCAGUGCCCAUCAGUGCCACCUAUCAGUGUCCAUCAGUGCAGCCUAUCAGUGCCCAUCACUGCAGCCUCAUUAGUGCACAUCAGUG